UCUCGGACGCAAACAAUCAAACAUCGCCCACAGACUAUAAAAACCAAAAACCCAUCGAUUCCGAAACCAAGGAACGAAAACCAACUCUUUUUUCUUCUUCUUCUUCUUCUUGUUCUUGGUCUUGUCUCUCACGCACGCGUUCUCGAUGGUGAGGAGCUCGCGGUAUGCCCGGGCUCUACAUGGACGAAGGUCCUCGCCCUACAUGCUAUUGAUGGCUGCUCUGUUGAUGGUCUCUGUGGUGCUCUUGACUCUUCUAGCAUUCGGAGUCCUCUCCCUCCCCGUUGGCUCCCGUGGUCCUCGCCGUGCCCCUUUUCUUCCUGAUAGAUCUGUUCUCGAGAUCUCGGGUGGUGGUGUGGGGGAGAGAGGGGAGCAGUGGACGGAGGUGUUGUCUUGGGAGCCUAGGGCAUUUAUUUAUCACAAUUUCCUGUCCAAAGAGGAAUGUGAGUACCUAAUCGAACUGGCUAAACCUCAUAUGGAGAAGUCAACGGUUGUUGAUAGCACUACUGGUAAAAGUAAAGACAGCAGGGUUCGCACUAGUUCAGGCAUGUUCCUUAGAAGAGGUCGUGACGAAGUCAUCCAGGUCAUUGAGAAAAGGAUAGCGGAUUUCACCUUUAUACCUGUAGAACAUGGGGAAGGGCUUCAAGUUCUCCACUAUGAAGCUGGGCAGAGAUAUGAACCUCAUUAUGAUUACUUUCUUGAUGAAUUCAAUACAAAGAAUGGUGGUCAGCGCAUAGCUACUGUCCUCAUGUAUCUUUCUGAUGUUGAAGAAGGGGGUGAGACAGUGUUCCCUUCUGCCAAGUUAAACAGUAGUUCUUUACCAUGGUACAAUGAGUUAUCAGAGUGUGGGAAAAAGGGUCUCUCUGUUAAACCAAAGAUGGGUGAUGCAUUGCUUUUUUGGAGCAUGAGGCCAGAUGCCACUCUAGAUCCAUCAAGUUUGCAUGGCGGUUGUCCGGUGAUUAAAGGGAAUAAGUGGUCGUCUACAAAAUGGAUGCAUCUCAAUGAGUAUAAAGUCUAAUCAACAGAAUGAAGGUACUCUAGCUAUACACCACUCUUAUAUUCUGACUACCAAUUCAAAUGGGUUAAAUUGAUCUUAUAUUCUUAUGGAUCCAUUUUGGUUGAAGUUCACAAUUCUUAUUCCUUUGUUUGCCUUGAUAUCGUGUCACAGUACAUCAGAUUCAGAGUGGUGUAUCAUGAUGUAUAAUUGAAAGUAUGCUUCCAUUUUAAGAAGAGUUGAUACCAGAGAAUGAGAUAGUUUUUUUUUUUCCUUCAAAUCAAACAUGCCAUCACCCUUCCCACAUGUCCCAGCUAAUUAAAAGUUCAUGAUAAAGAUGAGGUUUGAUCUUGUUUUUCAUUUAUAAGAUUAGUUAGAAGGUUUCUUUCACUGAUUUUAAGAACCAGUGGGAUGGUUGAUUCUGUAAACAUUUAUUUAUUUUUAUCCUUAAGAGAACUUUGUUCCAUUUGCUGAUCA